AUGGCGCCUUUGACCCCAUACACAUACAUCCAAUGCCCUUGCUCGGAUCAGACUGUUUUCGGCCCAGGCGGUGCGGCUUCAGACCCUGAGGAGAACGACCAGACAUUUGAUCCAAAAGCCCCGCGGUCAAAUUACAGCUUAUAUCCCCUCGAGUACCUCCUCUACUGCGAAGACUGCCAACAGAUCCGAUGUCCACGAUGCGUAACGGAGGAAUCCGUGACAUAUUAUUGCCCCAAUUGCUUGUUUGAGGUGCCUAGCAGUAACCUGCGCAGCGAAGGCAACAGCAGAUGUACACGAAGUUGCUACCAAUGCCCGGUCUGUGUCGGGCCGCUCCAAGUUGGCGCUAUCCAACCUACCACGGAUGCGAAUCUUCUCCCGACACAGUAUCAAACGAACCCCAGCGGCGGCCCGUAUGCUCUCUUCUGCCAAUACUGCAACUGGACCUCAACCGAGAUCGGUAUCGAAUUCGACCGGCCCAGCGGAAUAUACAAUCAACUCUCCAAGGUGAACAAUGGAGGCCAGCCCAAGCUUACGCUGAGAGAUGUCAAGGAUCGUCGGAAAGACAACCCGGACGAGCCGCCCGUGCCUGACGACCAAGUCGACGCGGAUUUGCAGUUUGCCAACCUGAAGGCCUUUUAUCAGCAACAGCUCUCAGAAUCCAAUACCUCAUUACGCGGGCUUCCAUUACAUGAUGGAUUGGGUUUCUCGUCCCCUGCCGCUCUGACUCGAAUCAUGUCAUUAUAUACUGGCCGUGGUCAUCAGGGCCGCUUGCAACAAGGACCGGCAGAUAUUAUGCGCGAAGCACUCGGCACCAACGACGGUCUCAAAAUCGCCAAUCUGGACGAGUCAAAGGAUAUAAAGAAGCUCAUAGAUGGGGGAUGGGGCGUGACAGCUUCAAUUGAACAGCGAAGCCAGCAGCCCACGGAGCCUGCACGAUUCGAAGACGAGCUUCGGCCAAUUGCAUAUCUUCUUCGAAGCAAACGAUCAAAACGUUGUCCUUCUUGCCGUCACAUUAUAUCCAAACCAGAGGCAAAAGUCGUAUCUACGAGAUUCAAGAUCCGCCUGGUUGCCAAGUCGUACAUACCAACAAUCACAAUUCGGCCGCUCAAUCCCACAGCUACGCCUGUGCCGAUAACAUAUAGGCCCAUGGUCCAGGAAGAAGAACCGCUAAAGCCGCACCAAGCAUAUCAUUUUGUCGUUACUUUCAAGAAUCCUCUUUUCGACAAUAUCAAGGUCACUUUGGCUUCGCCACCAAAAACCCCAGGCCGCUUCUCCAGCAGGGUGACCGUGUUGUGUCCGCAAUUUGAGGUCGAUGCCAACACGGACAUGUGGGAUGAUGCCCUAAAGGAUGACGAAAGGGACCGGAGCCGCAAGGCGGACGAGGGCCCCGAAGUUGGCAAGAUCUGGGAGAAGGGGCGAAACUGGGUGAGCAUAGUACUGGAAGUUAUCCCGGCGUCCUUGCGAAUCGACCAGCUAGAAAAGAAGGGCAACGAGAAGAUUGACACUAGCCCGCUCAAGAAGGGCGAGGAUCUACUUGAGAUCCCCAUGUUUGUUCGCAUGGAGUGGGAGUCUGAAGCGCAGGCCGACAUGGACGGGCCGCCGAGCAAGGACAAGGAAACAAGAGAGAAGAGAGAAUUGGCAUACUGGUGCGUGCUCGGCGUUGGGCGCAUCAGUCACGAAUGA